CUCUAAGAUUCGUCGCCGAGCUUUCCUCUGCAUGUUCUUCCUUUUCAAAUAUAGAUAUAAAAUUCACCGCCCACUUCUCAUUAAAAAACAUAUAUAUAUAUAAAUGAAGUUAAAACAACAAAAAAGUUGACAUUUUUGGCGUUCAUGUUCUUAUUUAUUCUUUCUGUUUGACAUUUUUUUGGAUUUGGAUAUUCAUCACAAUUUCGGUUUAAAGAGAGAAUUGAAGUGGUUUUGUUUACUUUGAUGUAAUGGAGAGAUUAAGCUACGGUGGUGCUUGCGGCGGUAGCGGGAGCUAUGGUUAUGAAAAUGGGGUGGUGAUGACUCGAGACCCCAAGCCCAGGCUGAGAUGGACGGCUGAUCUUCACGACCGAUUCGUCGACGCUGUAACCAAACUCGGUGGUCCUAACAAAGCAACUCCAAAGUCUGUCCUAAGACUGAUGGGCAUGAAGGGCUUGACAUUAUACCAUUUGAAGAGCCAUUUACAGAAAUAUAGACUAGGACAGCAGUCAAGGAAGCCAAAUGCAGUAGACCAAAACAAAGAGAACGGUGAUGUAGGGAGUUCAUAUGUACAAUUUAGCAAUCAUUCUUCAGGGACCAUCACCAAUUCACCCAGAGCUGACAAUGAGAAAAGACAAAUGCCAAUGGCACAGGCACUGAAGACUCAGAUGGAAGUACAAAAGACAUUGCAAGAGCAACUAGAGGUACAGAAGAAAUUGCAGAUGAGGAUAGAGGCUCAAGGGAAGUACUUGCAGGCAAUAUUGGAGAAAGCACAAAAGAGUGUUUCAUUAUAUAUCAACCGUGGAGGGAAUGUAGAUGAAACAAGAGCACAAUUAACAAAAUUCAACUUGGCUCUCAUGGACAAUGUGAAUGAAGCAGACAGUAAAUCAAAGGCAGAACAUAUGACUGAUGUGAUGCCCAUGAAACCCAAAUGUUCUGCUAAUUUGCAAGAUUAUGGAGUAGGAGAAAGAGAAGAAAACAAAGACGUUAAGCCUAAAGCUGGAGGAGAUUCCAUAAAUUUUGACCUAAAUACCAAAGAUAGUUAUGAGUUUGUUGCUGUAAAUGGAAACGAGCUUCAGCCUCGCUUGUUUUCUUAUAAGAGAUUAAAUUAAAAAUAAAACAAUGUAGUUAUGAAUUUAUUUUUACAGUUUCCUCGAGUUCAGUUUUAUGUUUUGUCUAUUGUC